GUGGAUUUCGGUGCGCGACUGGUGAGAACGCGAAAAAUUGUAGGAAAAAUCGAAUCGCUGUAAAUUGAAUUUAGGGCAGAAAAAGUUUUGCAGAUAAUUGUGAAAAUAUAUCAUUUAGCUAGCUAUAGAAACAAAUGCAAUUAAUGCAUUUUGAAGUGCUCAAUUAAUUUUGUGAUUGUAGUGCGCCACAUUUUUGGGUGUUCACGCGCAAGCAAAAUACAGAAAAAAAGAGGGGUGAAAAAUUGCAAAGCGGAAAAUUUUCGUGCUGUCGGUAGAAAUAGAAAAAAGGGCAAAACAGUGGACGAAAGAGAAACGUAAAAAAUAGAUUGGUAAUACGAACAAAAGAAUGAAAACAAUUUUUUUAUAGAUGAGUGUCAAUUAAAACAAUUAAUAUAGUGAGGAUUUGGAAUGCUGCAGUCGCUGCUAAUAGUAAUUUGACAAAAUAAAUCAAUUGAUGUAAAACACAUAGAAGAAAGUUUAAACUUAAGAUGGGCACAGAAGAGCAAACGCUUGGGGAUGUGCCUGCUGCCCCGAUGAAAGCCUCGGACAACAAUCAAAACUUCAACACAACAACUGACACGGUCCAACAAUUGCAACAUGUACAACUUCCGAUAGCAUCGGCAGCGCCGCAAGUGAUAAUUAUGCCUGCCUCUCAAACGUCGACUGCAGCCACAAAUGCCGCCAAGAAAAUACGUCGAGCUUUCUCCAUGCCUCGAAAUCCCUUCCGGUGGUCGCGCAAAUUUAAAACUUCCACUUCAGCAGUAGAAAACGCCAGCAGUGCUGGUGGCAGUAACAUAGCGAUAUCGUCGUGUGUUGGUGGGGGUCGUGGGCGCGCCGGUAGCAUUGUUUCGCUGAGCAGCUACGAAGCCAUUUCUAAGGAUGCUAAUGGUAGCAACGACAGUGGGGUUGGCGGUUCUGAUGAAUCUAAAACUGGCGGUAGAAUAAAAAGAGAUGUUAUUGUCAAAGCAGUGGAACAGAAAAUAAUAAAUGGCAAACCACUUUCCGGUGGCAAUGAGAUUAGCAACACUGCCGCUGCUUCCAAUUCCAAUCGUGUUCUAAGGCGCUCAUCAUUCAGGAAGUUUCUAAAUCGUAUUGCACAGCAUGUCAGCACGUCAAUUAAUGUUGGGGCGAACAAGAAUGCUACGUUGUCCGCAUCUGCAACCGGUGAUCGCGUGCCACCCAUUGGCAACUACCAAUGGCCAGCCGAUCAGACACCUGGCGUUAUGGGACUCAAGAAUCACGGCAAUACAUGUUUCAUGAAUGCAGUGCUACAGUGUCUCAGUCACACUGACAUACUGGCCGAAUAUUUCGUAUUGGAUCAAUAUAAGGCUGAUUUAAAGAGGCGCAACAAAAUCAAUUCACGAAAAUUUGGUACAAAAGGAGAGCUUACGGAGCAGUUGGCCAAUGUACUGAAGGCGUUGUGGACAUGCAAGAAUGAGAGCGAUCACAGCACCAGUUUUAAGGCUGUUGUAGAUCGCUACGGUUCACAAUUUCGUAGCUCAACACAACAUGAUGCUCAAGAAUUUCUGUUUUGGCUGCUGGACAAGGUGCACGAGGACUUGAAUACGGCUACGAAACGGCGUUACAAAAGUGUAAAGAAUUCCUAUGGCCGUCCUGAUGAAGUAAUCGCCGCAGAAACGUUGGCAAAUCACAUCCGCUGCAACAAUUCCUUCGUACAAGCGGUGUUCCAGGCACAAUUCCGCUCGUCGCUCACUUGCCCACGCUGUAAAAAACAAUCCAACACAUUUGAUCCGUUCCAUUGCAUUUCGGUGCAGUUGCCACAGUUGAUGCAACAGACAGUUUUCGUAACUGUGGUAUAUCUGCAACGAGAACCACGACAAAUAAAGAUCGGUAUAAGCGUGCCCACUGGUUCGCCCAUUGUCGCCUUACGCGACCAAUUACAAACAGAUACUGGCAUUCAGGGCAAGAGCAUGGUGCUAGUUGAUAUAAACAAAGAAGGAUUUACGCGCGUCUUCUACGACUCACAACCAGUAGCUACAUUAAGUGGUAUCGAAUCGAUUUAUUGUAUCGAAGUACCCGAAAUAAAGAACGCGCCAACAACGGUAUCAUCGAAAACAGUUGCAUCCGAGGAGAAGGAGAAGAAGAAGGAGGACAUAAUUGGCACCACCAAUGCUAAUUCCAAAACUAGUGGCGCGGCAACGAAUUCUAUCACAAAUUCAACAGAGGCCAACAAGAUAUGUGCAUCUGGCAAAACUACCGAUACUAAUGCCAAUGCCAAUUCCAAUGCAGCUGGCCCCAAGGUCACAAAUACUCCAUCCACUGCCAGCACUACAACGGAGCUACUUUUACUGGUCGCGAAUGUGCGCAAGCGGAAAGUAGCUGUUGAAGGUGCUGAAGCAGCGAAAGACAACAGUCCUGUCUAUACUGUAGAACGGUUUGGCAUGCCAUUUAGCUUGCUAGCAGCACGAGAUUGUUCUUAUGCCGAUUUACAAAAACUACUUUUAUGCGAAAUGGCGUCAUUGCUAAAACCUGAAGUUUUCUCGAACGCAAAGCCACUCAGUGAUAUGUUUCAAAUGCGUCUCCAGGAUCCAUCUGCAGAUCCAGACACAUACCUGCAGAAUGUUGAGCACCCGCUGCUAACGGAGAUGGUCGAUUUAGCAUUAUCAGUACUCUCGGCGGAGGCUGGACCACCACAUAUAAAACUUUUGCUCGAGUGGUCUGAGCCCGAAAAACAUUUUGCGGAUCUCAGUGAUAAGGUAGUGGAAGACGAAAGUGUACCGCGUUUACGCAACGAUGGCAAAUCGAAGACGGCAAACGACACUGCAGUACUUACUUUAGAGCAAUGUCUUGAGCACUACACCAAAGCUGAAACAUUGAGUGCCGAGGAUGCCUGGCGCUGCCCCCACUGUCAGCAAUAUCUGCCGGUUGUGAAGACGCUAGGUCUAUGGUCGCUUCCUGACAUAUUGGUGGUGCAUUUCAAGCGUUUCCGGCAGCACCAUGAGAAGGGCGCAAAUGCGGCAAAACUUACCACUAUGGUAAAAUUCCCGUUAAAUGCAUUCGAUAUGUCACCGCACUUGGCGCGCGGUGAUGAAGAGGAGGAAGGACCGCGCACAACGCUCAGUGUGACUGCUGCAUUGGACAUGGGGCCGCAUAGUCGCCCAAGUCCAUGGAAAAAGACACGUUCAGGAGACUCCCGAUCAUCCACGCUUAGCUCACGAGAUAACAGGGAGACGCGUUAUGAUUUGUACGCUGUGUGCUACCAUCAAGGGGAUACGCUCGAGACGGGUCACUACACUGCCGCAUGUAAGAACCCCUACGAUAGGCAGUGGUACAAAUUCGACGAUCAAAGGGUUUCCAAGGUACCCAACGAAUCAAUCGAAGAAGAGAUAAUUAAUAAUGAGGCUUACAUGUUAUUUUACCAACGUCGCACCGGGGAUGCAACUGAAUGCUCCGGUUCGAGUUCGAAUUCUGGCGAUCACUGGGUCUCGCGAAUUGCUCCGCCUCCAAUGGCAGUGGUUGAGAAGAUAAUCGCCACCGAGGAGAAACUCGUUGAAGAAGAUAUAUCCGAGGAUCGUAAGGAAGUUGUUAUUGUCGCUUCAGCUCCAGCGAUUAACACAACACCUGGAAAAACUGACGAAAAAUCCGUGGAUAUACCAAAAUUGAAGGAACCUGUACAUGAAGUGGACGCAGUUGUCAAUGAAAAUACAGAAACGGCUACAAUGGUUGUGGACAUUGAAAAGAUUUCAGUCGAUAUUGAAACGCUAGACUUUGUUGAUGCGGAUGCUGUCGCUAUUGACGUUGAGGUUAAUGCUGAUUGCAAGAAGGAAAUUAUUAAUAGCAUCGCUAAAUCCCUUAAAGAAGAAUUUAUGGCCAGUAGCGUUGGCGACAAUCAGAUCUUCGUUAUGGACGAAGACUGUCAAUCUGAAGAAAGUGAAACACUAACAAAAAUACCACAAUUCGUGAACAGCGCAACAUCUGUUACCAAAUUACAAUCGUCACCCGUAUCGACUUCCAGGGCGAUGGCAGUAUCGACGACGACGACGACUGAGGCGCCGCUGAUACCAGCUUGUGCGACACCAUCAAAAGCACCUGCUAGCACCUCAGCAAAUAGAGUAUUAACAGUAUUAACCAAUGGCUAUGCUAUAGAUAACUCCACAUUGCCAAAUCGGGGGCCAACGAGCCUCGUGCAUGCCGAAAUAAUUGGUAAACCCAACACUCCGGGCACGAGUCUCAUUCCCAUGUCUGCAAUUCCAGUCGGUAUUAAUGGUAGCCGCAUUAGAAAUUCCUCAACUUCCUCCUCCAGUUCAUCGCUGUCGUCACAUUCUUCGCCACACUCGCUAGCCGCGUCCAUACAUGGCGCUUCGACAUUACAAAACAAGUUUAAUGGAUUCACAGCCACUUCGGGCACAGCGAGCAGCAACUACAAGGAAGUAUUACUCUCUAGCAGCCUAAAGAGUAAUAGUAGCAGUAUUAUUAGCGCUGCAGUGGCAGCGCAUACAGCACACGAACUCCACUUAUCGCGUCAUCAGCCAUGGCAUGGUAGUCGUUCGAGUGUCUCAGCACUGGAGAGUGGAACUCAAGCUAACAAUCAUCAGCACGUUCAUGGCCUCAAUCUAAGGCAUUCGUUCUCCACCAGUUCAAAUUGUAAAUUACGCGAAUGUAGCGAAACGUUAUCGUCAAUGUUGCGUAAUUCUACUAAUACAUGCAGCAAAGACACUUUGAUAUUUAUCGAUCAGCAGAACCACCAUCAUCACCACAGCUUAAUCGAAGACGAUGACGAUUCGUUCAUGGGCAGCCGAUCACUUUGGAUUUCCCCGGUAACGCCACACAAACUUAUAACGGUCUCACCCAAAAACUGAGGUGUCGCUCCUUAGUGAACUUCAAUAAGAAUUAUAACAAUUGAUAAUACAAAUAUACAGCAAUUCGGGAAUGAAUAAGAGGAUUAACGGUAGAAGCUAAGCAUCAUUGGCGUUUUCGCUAUUGACUUUAUGUAAAACGCAAUUGAACGAUUUACCAAGGAAGCGAUUCCUUUUAAAUUUAAGAAAAUUGUGACCAAAUUUAUAUAAAUAAAUGUACGUGUAUGUAUGUAUUUGA